UCAGAUUAAUAGGUGCGGCCAUGUUGAUCUGUAGCGAAUAAAAUAGAAUUAUUUUGCUUUUAGGGAAUAAAAAUUGACACAAUAUGCCCAAAUGCGACCUCAAAACGAGAUACAUCCCCGCGACCUUCGCCUGGACAUUGCUUUUGGGCACGACGUCACUAUUUUUUUAUUUUCCAUGCCAGUACUAUCUACAAAGGCACCCAUGGGUCCCGGCGUAUCAAGGUGUCAUAACGUUUUUUGUUUUGGCCAAUUUUACACUGGCCACUUUCAUGGACCCGGGAGUUAUACCAAAAGCUCCACCUGACGAGGACCGCGAAGACGACUUCCGAGCACCUCUGUACCGCAGCGUGGAAAUAAAUGGCAUAACUGUACGAAUGAAAUGGUGCGUCACGUGCAAGUUCUACAGGCCGCCACGCUGUUCGCACUGUUCUGUGUGCAAUCAUUGCAUAGAGACAUUUGACCACCACUGCCCUUGGGUGAACAACUGCAUAGGGCGGCGUAACUAUAGGUUCUUCUUCUUCUUCCUAAUAUCGCUCUCCAUACACAUGUUGAGCAUAUUCGGGUUGUCCCUGUACUUCAUCAUGAACAACAAUGGCCGGACUUUGACCGAAGUCGAGCCGAUUGUGUCAAUGGUGAUAAUGGGCGUGAUAGCCCUCCUAGCGAUCCCGAUAUUCGGGCUGACAGGGUUCCACAUGGUGCUGGUGUCGAGAGGCCGCACCACCAACGAGCAGGUCACGGGCAAGUUCACCGGCGGCUACAACCCCUUCUCGAAGGGCUGCUGGUACAACUGCUGCUACACGCAGUUUGGCCCGCAGUAUCCUAGCCUAGUCCGACCAUCGAAAUACGUAUACAAAGGCAAGAAGCGCCGCGAGCUCCGGCCGCCCUCAGACUCGGGCAUAUCAACGAUCGCGACCGACACGCACCAGGUAAAGACGUACACGGCCGACAACGGGACGGCGCACCGCGUGGUCGGCGCGCACGCGCACUAUAACAAGCUGUCCCCCGGGCGCGAAGAGCCGAACUGCGAGAUGGAGGGUCCCGGCGCCUCUCAGUCCGCCGACUGCGAGCCCACGCCGCCGCCCAUGCAGCGCCGCGGCUCCGGUGCCAACCUGUUCCCGCCCGCCGACCACCAUCUACCCCCGCGACACCACUACCCCAGGCUCAGCCCGCUCUCCAGGAACACGAGCCAUGGGAACACGACCACAGGCUACCGUGUAGUGAUGGAACCCCUUCGAUACGACGGCGGCGCGAACGGCGCGCGGCCCUCGCCAACCAUGCAACAGCGCAUCAAGUCGCUCGGAGUGGCAACGCCGCUCGCCGUCAGCAGUCCUGUGCGGAGGUCCAACCCGGGCACGCCCACCGCGCCGCGCCGGCCCGACUUCAUCGGCGUCGGGCGCGCCGCCUCCCCGCAGCGCCGCUUCCUGUCCGAGGGCGAGCUGCUGCGCGACCCCGCGCCGCCGCAUCCGCACCCGCACCGUCCCACCGCCGACGACAUCCGCGAGCUGGCCGCCUCCCCGCAGCGCGGCAACUACCUGUGGGCCGAGCGGCCCGCGCACAAGCCCGCGCCCGCGCCGCCUCGAGGAGGCGUGCCCGUGUUCCCGCCGCAGCCCUCGCCGCUGCCGCGCCGGCGGCCGCAGGGCGCGCCGCCCGCGCGGCCGCUGUCCUUCGUGCGCGCGCUCGAGGUGCAGGACCAGCUGGAGGCGCGCGCGCCGCCGCCCGACCCGCCCGACCGCGCCUCCGUCUACGACUGCAACUACGAGAUAUCCGUCUAGACCCGACGAGCGACGGACGUUCCGAUGUUACCUUCGCGUGUGCCGACGCGAGCCUCCGCGGUCUAGUGCAGCGCUGCGGGCGCGUGUGAUUCCAAAGAACGUGUUUGUUAUUUUUUGUUUAAUGUUGUGACGCACAAUGAUCACCGAAAUCGACCAUGCAAACCUCCGUGUAAAUUUAGAUAUUCGAACUGGAAGUCAUUGGCGAGUAUCCGGCCGCCGGUCAGCAUUUUGUAUCCUCGGGCCGUGUCGAACCGCGGCGAGGAGUGAUCGUGUAACGUUACUGUAUAGUCAAUAGAUUAACCGUAAGACUCGGGUUAUUGCUCGUAAGGUGUAAUUAGAGUUUUAUAUGUAUGUAUAUUUGUGAGCGAUUUGUAUUGUUGAACUAUAUUUAACUUUGUUGACAGAGCGUGUACAUAGUCCCCCAGUGUUGUGAUUCCGAGAUGACAAUUAUAGAACUAUAUAGAAAUUGUAUCGACGAUUCGUGUGUCUCAAUUGUACUGUAUAAAAUAUAUUUAUAAAAAAUAAGAUUUCUUUGAGCUGUUGUAUGUUUUUCCUUUAGGUUUAAUGUACGCCGAGGAGACGCGUGGUUACGGAAUUGACUGAUUUAUUACUGCUUCAAUUUUCUUAGUUUCGGACUCGGGGUGCACCGAGUUGAGAAUCUGUUCGGACUCGAUCUAUUACUUCUGCGGCUCGGCGACUGUACAAAUAUUUGACACAAACUAUAAGAUCAGUAUUGAUGUAGCACUUAUACGUAACACUAGAAAACAAUCACAUAGCACUAACACAUGAUUCACGUGAAGAAGUAAAAGAUUGACUCUGGUAAUGUAUGUGCCAAAUAUUCCGUAGACACAUAGCUUAGCGCGCUAUAUGUAACUGGAACUGUUCAUUUUUCGAUGAUUGCCUGUGGCAGUUACAAUAGAGAACCACACCAUCUGGUUUAGACAACAAUAUUAUUACAUACAUUUGCAAAAAUUAGUACUGACCAAAGUCAUCUCCUUACUAAAUAAGAAUCCUGGUCACGGCACCAAACUGUAAACUGAUCUCCAAACGGUUGUUGUGACGAGUGAAGUUGGGUAUCCAUCUAAAACAACAUUCGUGGUAUAGUUUUUGGUCUGUUAAACUGCCAUAGAUAGAUCUAUUAUCACAUACAAAUUCUCAUUUAAUUCUUACUUAUACCAUAUCAUCAAACACAGCGCUAGAGCAUCUACAAUUAUUCUGGAUUAAAAUUUAAUAGCCAACAUUGACACCUUUUCAUUUUAUUUAUUGACAGAACUUAUAUGAAUAUAUAAGUAAAUAUGGCAUGCUAUUGUAAAGAAGGGAAUUCUUAAAAGUCAAAAUCUUAGUGUAACAACAGAUAUUAACUAUUUUAUGCGAUGACGUUAAAAUUAAAUUUUAACUACCGACUAAGGUGUAUAUCGUUUCAUACUAAAAGUUCUGAUAUUACCAUUGUUUUAUAGGGCUGUAAAAAGAAGGCAUCUAUGAAAACCUCUCAUGGAGUUAACUGGUACUUAUGAGUAUUUGUUUGAUACAACUUGAAUAUCUCUUAGACUAACUAUAAGUAAAGACAAUGAGAGGAAAUGUGAAAAAGACCUUAAUACACAUGAAAAAGGUCACAUUUAAUAACACCUUAAACCUCUUAACUCAAGAUUAAAGGUGUUAAACGUGUAAGAAAUGUUAAAAAUGUUCUCAAUGAUCUCGAUUUUCUAAUUUUUCGUCCUUAUAACGCAAUACUUAGAUUUUUUAUAAUAGAGAAUUCAUAUACAGACAUAUUUUCUUCUUACGAUAUGUAUCUAAAUUACACGUGCGCUAUAGCUAGGUAAAUUGUAUAUCUACACGUAAAUGUAAUCGAAAUGUCACGUCAGUGGCCGAGAUUAUUGUUUGUGUACAUAAUAUCAUAUAUUUAUGUAAUGAUAUUCUAAAAUUCAAGCAGACCCAAAAGGCUGAUACUCUACAAAGAACUGCUACAAUUCUUUAGAAAACUAUUAACAGAGUUCAGCUGAAUUUGCGACUGCUUGGUAUGUGGCUACUUUAAAGAAAAAGUGACCUUAAUGCUUCAAAUACUUAUAACUCUUCUAUUUACAUUAUCUCAACUAUGGUAAUAAGAAGUGUUUGACACGUUAGAGUCACUUUUGCGUCACAUAAUGUACAGAGACGGUAUGUCCUAUAAUUUAUUAAGAUUAAGAUUGUAAAUAUCCUGCAAUGUAAAACAGUACUAAGAAUAAUUUUGUAUAGAAUGUGUAAUAGCAUUUGUGAAUAACUAUGUUUGAUCAUAAUCACUAUUUCUUCCUUAUUUAUUCGGUGCCAGUAACCUUUUUUUCCUGAACAUAUCAGAUGUGUUAAGGACGCCGCAUACUCGACGUGAUUUCGUCAAAUCACGUUUUCUAUGCCGCCUUUAGUGUGUAGCGUGUGUAAAUUGUGCAAAUUUAUUUGCGAAGCAGUGCGUAUGUGAACGGCCUAUACUUGGAAAAGGAUCAUUAAUUUCAUAUUAACAAACAUAUGUAUUAUAGAGACAACAUUCCGAUUUUCAUUUAUUUAUAUCUUGCAACAAUAAGAUUUCUUCAUCCAUUUCGUUAAAUAAUUAAACUUGGAGUAAACUCAUAUUGAGUAUUUUUUGUAGAUUUCAUAUUUGUCAUCAAUUGUCUUGUAUCAAAGCAAAAGAUACCAUAUUUUGGACGAUUCACGAAGUGCUACUUAUCAAUUAACCUUCUAUUUUGACAAGUGACAAACGGUACCUUUUGCCUGAAAACGUAUUUUUUGAAAAGAUAGGGUUUUACCAUACAUCGACGCGGAAUCUGCUCUAGUCGACCAGAAAUCGCUCGUUAGUAUAAAGACGCUUACGAUUGAGACGAUUUUUGGUCGGCAAAAGCCUAUUCGGCGAUAUGUGUGGGGAGACCUUUAAAGAUGGGAUGGAGCCUUACACUGCCAUAUUAUUUUGGCCUAACCCUUCUGGCUGCGGUUGACAAGUGGAUGAAGAAAACUAGUUUGUGUUCAUGUAGCUUUCGAACCUACACAGGAUUGUGUUGGUAAUACUUGAUAGACAUAGGUAUACGACCACCAUAAACGGUUACUUUAGUCUCUCCAGCUAAUCGUGGUUCUUAAAGUAAAUUUCUUAACACGUUCUCUGUCUCUGUUCCAUAUGUGGCCAUGGCAAGCCUCUAUUACACUGAUAUAAGUUUCAUAUUAUGUAAAAUUGGACAUUGAAAUUGGCCCUUGUGCUGUCAUAUAAAAUUAAGAGAACCAAUGUUUCUGCUACAAAAUUUAUAAGCCAAUUACUACUUACACUAGUCUAUUUUUUUUUCUUGGAAAUGACAACGGGGCUUCAGGUGUUGCCGAAUGGUUCAGUAAAAGUCAUUUGUUACUAAUUAUUAAUUUCAUGUCUGUCAUCAACUUUGGAUUCUACUAUUGGCUGGAUGGAUUUUGUGACAAAAAAUACACAAGAGCAUCGAAAACUGGACAUCUAAUAGUAUUGCCUUUUUUCGUUGCUCUGAAGUGAUUAAUGACUGGUGGUCAAAACCAAGAACUAAAAUAUUAAAAUUAUAUUGGCAUAGCAUUCUUGACGGUGCGUACUUAAAUUAUAUAAAUGAAUUGUUUGAAACCAUACUAUAAAAGCUGUAUAAUAGUUACAAAUUAGUUACAAAUGGGUUUUUAAAGAUUUAUGUCCAAGGGAAUAAAUAGUACCUCGAGCAAGUCCAAACGGUAGGUUAGUAAAUGCAGAUAGAGCGGUAAAGGAUUACAUGGUGUUUUGUUUUUAAGAAGGUAAAGUAUUAAUUUACAUUUUAGUUUGUUUGAACAGAGUUAUUCCAUUUUAUGGUUUACGGAAAGUCUAAGUAUUAGAAAGAGCCAUUGGGUGCCUAAAUAACAAGAAGGCGACCUUUAAUAUUUUUGCGAUUAGAACUAUAAUAUAAGAUGCUUCGGUGACUGCUUACCAUCAGGAGGGCCGUAUGCUUGUUUGCUGCCAUGUAGUAUAACAAAACUCUUAUCAGGCACCCAGUGGCUUAAAGGCCAAACCAUACCUUUGCAGCCGGUUCCAGACUUAAAAUUACUAUAAAAUACAGUCUCCAUACAAAAGAUUUAUUGUCCUCAUAAGUCCAUCAAAUUGCUACAAUCAAUGUACGACUCAAUCGCUAGGUAUACUUGUAUACAGAUCCUUAUUGACCCAUAUAUGGGGCAUAGACUUACGGAGCUAAUUUGUCAUGAUCCAAAUGUGGGACACUAAACUUUGAAAGUGUUAGCAUGCGGUAACAGUGGCCUUUCUUCAAACAUUGCUCAUAUUCAUGGGGAAAUGAUCUCUACAGAAUAAUUCUGUUUAUCAAACUAAAUUAUAGGUUAUAUGACAUUUUGUUUACCCGAUAUCGAAGUGUUCUGAAUAUAGACAGCUGUGCUGUAAACUGUAACACAUUUAUUUAAGACUAAUAAUAGAACCUCCUGAAGUCGUUGAAACCUAAUAUGUAUGUGACAGUGUUUUAUUUUUGUAUUUUGAUAAAAUUUGUGUAAAUAAUUUUCUUAUUUUAUUGAUAUUAAACUCAAUUUAAUCA